ACAUUUUUCGUCUCCACACUGUUACCGAAAUCGAGUUUUUUUGUGUUUUCGAUUCCAAAUUUUCAUAGAGGAGAGUAUAGUGACAUUCUUUUUAAAUAAAUCGUAAACCGGAACUGCCGACUUUAUUUAUUAAAAUUACUACGAAUUAAUUUGCUAGUUAAAAGUGUUUGACAUAUCUGUUUAAAACUGUCUUUACGUUAAUAAGUGACGUUCAUUGUUGGUUGUCAGUUGUAAAAAUUUUUAGUUCGCAAAUUAUUCGACACCCAGGGCCUCGAUCACAAAAGGUGAUAAGCUUUGGGGCUCCCGUUGACUUUUCGGUAAAAUGCCUAGACAUUUUAGUAAAACAAUGUUAUUAUUACAUAAAAACUUCAUCAUUUGGAAACGCCAUUGGAUGAGGGCAUUUUGCGAAAUCUUUUUUCCAAUUGCCCUCUGUUUGUUGCUUGUUUGUCUAAGACAUUUGACUUUGUCUUUUGGCUAUGAGCAAACCUUAAACAUUUACAUAGGAGCGCGUCCAUAUGAAGGAAGACUUUGUGACAGCGACAACGAUACACACAUCCCAAUAGCAUAUUCUCCUACAAGCACACUAUUACAAAAGAUAUUGGAGGAAAGUCUUUGUACUAUGGAUAGGAAAUUCCUAAGCAUUGAACAUUAUGAUACUUCAGAGGAGCUAAACGAUGCAGUUACAAAAAAAAAUUUUUCUUUCGCAAUACAAUUGGACGAUUCUUUAAAAGGGCUUACUCUCCCAAAGCAACUUCCUGAUAAUAUCAAAAUUUAUAUUCGAUUGCCGUCACAAAUUUACAGUACUGGCAAAAAAAUAGAUUGGUACACUAAAUCAUUAUUCCCUAAACUCCUAUUGGAAAAAGGUGCGGACUUCACAGACUAUGACGGCAAAGGUUUUCUACACUUGCAACAAAUUUUGGCAUUAGCUCUUUUAAAGAAGAUGAAGGAAAAACAUGUUCCCGAGAUAAUAAUGCAGGCUUUUCCUUACCCACAAAUGAUAAAGAACUGGCUAAAUACAACUCCUGCGCAGACAGUAUCGAUAUUUUUGAUAAUAAUGGCUUUUAUAACAAACAUUAACAACAUAAUUACGGAUGUUGCUGUAGAGAAAGAAACACAAGUCAAAGAAUAUAUGAAAGUAAUGGGUCUUUCUGGUUGGUUACUUUGGCUAACGUGGUUCCUUCGGAGCUUUUUUAUACUACUGUCCACAGUUGCUAUAAUGACUAUCAUUUUAAAAGUGACAAUUUUACGUCCACCAGUAUUUAUUCAUACAGAUGGCACUAUCUUAUUUGCACUUUUUCUAGUUUACGCAUCUAGUCUUAUCACUUUCAUGUUCCUUAUAAGUACCAUUUUUCAAAAAGCAAUCUUCGCUAUUGUUGUUGGUGUAAUCAUGUACAUGGUUGCUUUAAUACUGGGAGUAGUUCAAUUCAUUAUUAGUGCGUCAUUAUAUAUGAAAAUAAUAACUAGUGUUCUGUCACCUUCCGCAAUGUUUUUUGGUUUAUCAAUGCUAUUUGAAUUGGAAGCAAAAGAAAAAGGAGGACAUUGGAAUAGUUUGUUUCAAAGCUCGUGGCUAGAAAAUAAGGCUUCACUGGGCGUAAUUUUUGUUAUACUUAUCUUAGAUACAGUCUUAUAUAUGGUUAUUGCUCUUUACUUAGAAGCGGUAAUUCCAGGAGAAUUUGGAGUACCACGACCUUGGUAUUUUCCGUUCACACGAACCUUUUGGUGUAAAAGCCUUCCGGAAAAAACUACAGAAGAAUUUAGUCAAAAGGACAAAGAGCACUUUGAAGAGUUUACUGAUAGUAUUCCAGUUGGAAUAAAAUUAAAAAAACUUUCAAAAAGAUUUGGAAGUAAUAACGCAGUUAAAGACUUAAAUUUAGAGAUGUAUGAAGGACAUAUCACUGCUUUAUUGGGUCAUAACGGUGCUGGAAAAUCGACGACAAUGUCUAUGAUUUGCGGAAUGUGCUUGCCUACUUCUGGGACAGCCAUUGUAAAUGGUUAUGAUGUAAGAACUAAUAUACACAAUGUUCGCGAAAGUAUGGGUCUGUGUCCUCAACACAACCUUCUAUUUGAUGAUUUAACUGUUUAUGAACAUCUGUAUUUCUUUGGCAAACUGAAAGAUCUGGAAAAUGAUGAAAUCAAGAAGGAAAUUGACUAUUACCUCACAAUUUUAGAACUAGAAAAUAAGAGAAAACAGUUAUCAAAAACUUUAUCUGGAGGCAUGAAAAGGAAACUAAGCGUUGCUAUCGCGUUGUGUGGAAAGUCGAGAGUGAUUAUGCUUGAUGAACCAACUGCCGGAAUGGAUCCCUCUGCCAGAAGAACUGUUUGGGAUUUGCUUCAACAACAAAAAAACGGACGAACUAUUUUGCUAACAACGCAUUAUAUGGACGAAGCCGAUUUGUUAGGUGACAGGAUUGCUAUAAUGACAGCGGGUGAACUACAAUCUUGCGGAUCUAGUUUUUUUUUAAGAAAGAAAUAUGGUUCAGACUAUUAUCUAAUUCUGGAAGUUACACCAAAAUGUCGUCCGGUUCAUGUUACAGGUCUACUAGCAAAGUAUGUACCAAACAUACAAAUCCACUCCCAUGUAGGUUCCGAACUUACCUACAUCUUGCCUGAUAAGGCAUCAGAAAAAUUUGAAACAUUACUGAAAGACUUAGAAUAUAAUAAACCUAGUCUUGGCAUCCAAAAUUUGGGAAUCUCACUGGCAACACUUGAGGAAGUUUUUUUAAAGGUGGCUGCGGCCCACGAUAUGAAAAUUUCUGAAAAAUUCAACAAAAAGGAAACAGACGUUGAAGUGACCAAAAAGGAAGAAAUAAGCUAUCAGCGCGGUUGCAAGCUAAUGCGAAAUCAAAUUGUGGCAAUGAUGCUGAAGAAAAAUUUGUCUCUUCUUAGAUCAUGGAUCCUCUUGUUAAUCCAAAUUAUUUUGCCAAGUGUACUUUUGUACCUCGCUUUAGCAAAGACGCCUAUGCGUGUGCGUACAAAAUUUCGAACCUAUUCUCCUUUUGAGCUAACUUUAAGUUCUUACCACAAUCCUAUAACACUACUUGAAAAUGGUAGUUCUAUGGCGAACACAUACGUAAAAGUACUUAAAGGAUUCGAAGUAAAAACGGUGGAGAAUGUAACUGAGGAAAUCCUCAACAUGAUAAAUACAUCGCUAUCUACUGUAGAAAAACAUUACAUUGUUGGAGCAUCUUUCCGCCACGACUUGAUAACUGCCUGGUUUAAUAUUCACCUCUACCAUGCAGCUCCUCUUUCGCUUAGUCUAGUUCUAAAUACGCUUUACGAAGAAGUUCUAGACAAAAAUAAAUCUAUUACUUUCUUUAACUAUCCUUUACCUCGCAGAACGAGUUCGCAGCAGCUCCAAAAUUAUGGAGAAUCUAAUGAUCUAUCCCGCCUCGAAUAUGGACUGAAGUCAAGCAUAGGAAUUGUUACUGGCACUUAUAUAUUGUUUUACAUUCGAGAACGAAUGACUAAAUGCAAGCAUUUACAGAUAAUUUCAGGCGUAAACAUUUUCAUCUUCUGGAGUAUUGCUUUCUUAUGUGAUCUAAUAACUUAUCUCAUUACAGUUAUUUCUCUCCUUAUUGUAUUGACAAAAUUUGAAGGUGGAUUUGAAACUUUUGAAAUAGGUCUUUUAAUUUUGCUACUUCUGUGCUUCUGCUUUUUCGUUUUACCUCUUACUUAUUUAAUGUCUUACUGCUUUAAAAUCCCAUCUACUGGAUGUGGUGUCAUGAUCGUUUUUGGCGUUUGCAUGGUUUUUAUUCCAACUAUGGCCUAUUUAGUUUUGGAGCAAUCUGAAGCAGCGACUUCAACGAGAAUGGUUUUAGAAUGGGUAUUUCUUUUUACUCCAUAUUAUUCCGUUGUUAACGGAAUUACUGCCAUCAUUACAACGAGGGACGUAAGAAAAGGGUGUCAAAAGACAAUGGUACCUCGUGAGGUACUAUGUGAGGUUGUUAAAGCAUGUUGCUAUGAGGAUUUUUACUAUUCCUUUGAGGAACCUGGGAUAGGUCGAAACAUAUUUAUUCCAUUGAUCAUGUCGUUUAUACUAUUCACGAUAAUUUUUCUUACUGAAUUUAAUUUCUUCAGUCGCAUUUGCAUCAGAGUAAGACGUUUCCAUAAGCCUCCCAAUGAGAACGUAAUUCUUGAGAGUGAUGUACAUAAUGAAAACGAAAAAAUCAGGAACACUUCUGUUGAUGAGUUAAAGAAAAGUUACUCAGUGGUUCUUCGCGACGUCAGCAAAUAUUAUGGAAAGUUUCUUGCCGUCAACUGUCUUUGUUUAGGCGUUAACUCUUCCGAAUGCUUUGGACUGUUGGGUGUAAACGGUGCUGGUAAAACCACCACUUUCAAAAUGCUGACUGGCGAUGAAAGCAUUACGUUUGGCGAUGCUUGGAUUCAAGGACUUUGUGUAAAAACCCAACAGAAGCAAGUCCAGAAAUUUAUCGGUUACUGUCCACAAUUUGACGCUUUACUAGAAGAUCUUACCGCCAAAGAAACCUUAUUUAUUUUUGCUCUCAUUAGAGGAGUCUCUUUUGACAAAUGCAUUGCUCUGGUGGAAAGUCUUGCUGAAACAUUCGAUUUUUUUGAGCACAUUAAUAAAAAGAUAAAACACCUUAGCGGUGGCAACAAGAGGAAAGUAAGCACAGCGCUUGCCAUAAUCGGAGAUCCUCCUAUAAUUUUUCUCGACGAACCCAGCGCUGGAAUGGAUCCAGUGACAAAACGAUUUCUCUGGAAUAAUCUCAUAAGACUGAGAGACGCCGGAAAAUGCAUCGUAUUGACAUCGCACAGUAUGGAAGAAUGUGAAGCCUUAUGCACUAGAGUUGCUAUAAUGGUGAACGGUACUUUUCAAUGUCUUGGAUCUACUCAGCGAUUGAAAAGCAAAUACGCUCAAGGGUACACACUUAAAAUAAAGGUCAAAAAACACGAUGAUCACACGCGUACUGAUAGUCAAAUAAGUGCCGUAAAUAAUUUUGUUCAAAAAUAUUUUCCGGGAUCUGAAUUGAAAGAAAGGUACCAGGAGCUAGUAACCUACCACUUGGAUAAUCCUAAGUCCUUGAGUUUGUCGCAAAUGUUUGGAACUAUAGAGGCAUCAAAACGACAACUUGGAAUCGAAGAUUAUUCUUUGGGACAGUGCAGUUUGGAAGAAGUGUUUUUAAAAUUCGCCAAAGAUCAAAGGGAAUAACAUAGUUCAUAACUUUGACAUGUAGCAUAAAAGAAAAAUUUAAUAUAAUACUAAAUUAAAA